CAAUGUGAUCUCGUUGGGCACCAGAAGCAGAACUCAUCUAUUCAAAAUGGUUUAUGGUGAAUUUUUCCACAGACCUGGCAAAGAUGCAGAACUUGUCAAUUUGAACGUGGGUGGCUUUAAGCAAUCAGUGGAUCAAAGCACCUUGCUCCGAUUUCCCCACACCAGACUUGGGAAACUUCUCAAAUGCCAUUCAGAAGAGGCUAUCCUAGAACUGUGUGAUGAUUAUAGUGUUGCAGACAAAGAAUAUUACUUUGACAGGAAUCCUUCCUUGUUCCGAUAUGUUCUGAAUUUUUACUAUACAGGCAAACUUCACGUCAUGGAAGAACUUUGUGUCUUUUCCUUCUGCCAGGAAAUAGAGUACUGGGGGAUAAAUGAGCUGUUUAUUGAUUCGUGCUGCAGCAAUCGGUACCAAGAAAGGAAAGAAGAAGGUCCUGAGAAAGACUGGGACCAGAAGAGCAAUGACAGAAGUAUAGACUCCUCUAACGAAGAAUCAUCCAUGUUUGAUGAAGAGCUGGAAAAGUUUGACAAUCUGUGUUUUGGUGAAAUAAGAAAGAAGAUCUGGGUCAGAAUGGAAAAUCCUGCAUACUGCUUAUCUGCCAAGUUAAUUGCCGUUUCGUCCCUGAGUGUUGUCCUGGCGUCAAUUGUGGCCAUGUGCAUUCAUAGCAUGCCAGAGUUUCAAAGGCUGGACGCCAAUGACAGGGAGAUUGAAGACCCUGUGUUGGAAGCUGUGGAGAUCACAUGCAUCAUCUGGUUCACUGGUGAGCUAGUGAUCAGGCUCAUCACUGCUCCAAGUCAAAAGAAGUUCUGGAAGAAACCACUGAAUAUCAUUGAUUUUGUCUCUAUUAUCCCAUUUUAUGCCACAUUGGCUGUGGACACGAAGGAAGAAGAAAGUGAAGACAUAGAAAACAUGGGGAAAGUUGUUCAGAUCCUGCGGUUAAUGAGGAUAUUUCGCAUCCUGAAACUGGCCAGGCACUCAGUAGGACUGCGGUCUUUAGGUGCCACUUUGAGACAUAGCUAUCAGGAAGUUGGACUUCUGCUUUUGUUUUUGUCUGUUGGGAUUUCUAUUUUUUCAGUGCUUGUUUACUCAGUGGAGAAAGAUGAUGACUCAUCAGAACUACAAAGCAUCCCUGUUUGUUGGUGGUGGGCAACCAUCAGCAUGACCACUGUUGGUUAUGGGGACACUUACCCAGUUACUCUUGCUGGAAAGCUGCUUGGCACGCUAUGCAUUAUCUGUGGGAUACUAGUGGUAGCACUUCCAAUCACCAUUAUUUUCAAUAAGUUUUCUAAGUACUAUCAAAAGCAAAAAGAUAUUGAUCCAGACCAAUGCAACAAUGAUCGCAAAGAGAAAUGUGAUGACCUACCUUAUUUUAAUAUUAGGGAUAUUUAUGCAAAAAAGAUGCACUCCUUCAUUUCUAGCCUUUCUUCAGUAGGAAUUGUAGUCAGUGACCAAGAUUCAACAGAUGCCUCCAGCAUCCAAGAUAUGGAGGAUGCUUAUAACACAGCAUCUUUAGAGAAUGGUACAGGAAAAUGA